AUGGGUCAGCUGAGCUGUAGAAAUCGGAAUGUCAAGCAAGUCCACGUCCUGCUCCUGGGCCUUGACUGGGCUGGGAAGUCCACAGUUCUCUACAAACUCAAGCAUGCCCAGGAUUUCACCACCCUCCCAACCAUCGGAUUCAAUGUGGAGAUGAUCGAGGUGGAAGAUGGACCCCCGAUCACGGUCUGGGACAUUGGAGGACAGGAAAAAAUGAGGCCCACAUGGAGCCUGCACUGUGAGGAGGCUGAUGGCCUGGUGUAUGUGGUGGACAGCACAGACCAACGGAGGCUCAAAGAUUCCUGCAAAGAGUUCAAACACAUCCUGAGCAACAAACACCUCAAAAACGUGCCCGUCCUCAUCUUAGCCAACAAACAAGAUGCGCCCGGGGCCUUGAACGCAGAAGACAUCACCAGGAUGUUUAAAGUGCACAAGCUGUGCAGCAGCCGCAGCUGGUACGUGCAGCCCUGCUGUGCGCUCACCGGCAAGGGCCUGGCCGAGGCCUCAGCCAAGCUGACCUCCUUCCUCAAGAGCCACCGCAAGACCAGAGACACCCUGGCCUUCUUCAAGCAAAAAUGA